GAGGAGAGAUAUUUGCGAUUGACUUAUCCUUCGUGAGUGCUAAGUACAGACAAGAGAGAGAGAGAAAGAAUGAGGGAGAAAAUGAGAGUGCUGAGGCCAUUGGUGCACUUACUGGUUCCACUAUGUGUUCACUGGAUUGCCGAGGAGAUGACUAAAUCUGUGCUGGUUGAUGUCACCACCAAUGCUCUCUGUGAUGGCCAGUCCUCUUGCUCUGAAGCUAUCUACAUCAAUGGACUUCAACAAACUGUAGUUGGGAUAUUCAAGAUGGUGGUACUUCCUGUACUUGGUCAGCUUUCAGAUGAUUAUGGGCGAAAACCUCUUCUUCUUGUCACUGUAUCUACAACAAUUAUACCUUUUACUUUACUUGCCAUUAACAAGUCAAGGGGCUUCGUCUAUGCUUACUAUGUUCUUCGGACAAUUUCUUAUAUUAUAAGUCAAGGAAGCAUUUUUUGCAUCUCUGUUGCUUAUGCGGCAGAUGUUAUUGAGGAGAGCAACAGAGCUGCAGCUUUUAGUUGGAUUACGGGUCUUUUUUCUGCAUCCCAUGUUGUGGGAGAUCUCCUAGCACGUUUUCUUCCCGAGGACUACAUUUUUGUGGUUUCAAUAUGCCUUUUGAUAUUUGUUCCUAUUUAUAUGGCACUGGCUCUAGUAGAGACAGUUAAACCACCUAGUGGAGUGAACCAAAGUUUGCCUCACAUGAACAAGGCAAAGAAGAUUUUGCAGGAUCGAUAUAAAUCUAUGAGAUCUGCUGUAAAUGUUGUCAUUAACAGUCCAACGCUGAAGGUCAUCUCUCUGGUUUCUUUCUUCUACGAGCUGGGAAUGUCUGGCAUUGAUGCUGUCUUACUGUACUAUUUGAAAGCAGCUUUUGGUUUUGACAAAAAUCAGUUGUCAGAAGUUUUGAUGGUGGUGGGAGUAGGUGCAAUUGUAUCUCAGAUCGUUGUGCUUCCGCUUGUCAAUCCGUUUGUUGGCGAGAAAAUAAUACUUUGCAUCGCCUUGCUGGCAUCAAUAGCAUAUUCAUUGCUUUAUGGAUUCGCUUGGGCGGCUUGGGUGCCCUAUUUGAGCGCAUCUUUUGGAGUCAUCUAUAUCCUAGUUACACCGGCUACUUAUGCUGUGAUAUCUAGAGCAUCGAGCUCAACUGAUCAGGGAAAAGCGCAAGGCUUUGUUGCUGGCGUGCAAGCGAUAGCAAGUUUGUUAUCUCCAAUCGGAAUGACCCCGUUGACCACAUGGUUUCUGUCCGAUAAUGCGCCUUUUGACUGCAAGGGAUUCGGGAUCAUCUGUGCUUCGUUGUGCAUGGUCAUUGCGCUAUGUUGCGCGUGCAUGCUUAAACUCGAUGCACCAGCGAAAAAGUCCUCGGAAGACGAUGCAGAGAGCAUCGAGGCGCCGCUUCUGUCUUGACUGAGAGUCCUCAGAAUCAGAAGAGAAUGGAGAGAGCAUGAAGUUCCACUUCUGUGUUGACAGUGCAGUGUACUGUGCUUAGAGUAGUAAAUUUGCAGAAUUUAGCAGUAGUAGGAGAAGGAUGUUAAGUCUGCAGUUUCUGUAUUCAACUGUCCAGUGACAAAUUCUCUAGUAUUUUCAUAUUAAAUAAAAGUAGUAGUUCCUAAUAUACA